AUGGCGGGAUGGUUAAUCCCGGUUAUUACAAUUAUUGUGGCAAUUAUGUUAGGUGGCGCAGCAUCGUUAUUUUUAUGUGAAACGUUAAGUGCAGUACCUGGCAAUAACAAGUUCCAGAAACAAGUCGAAUUUUCUCACCUUUCAUCGUUAAUUGUACCGAAUAGACAUCACAAACGUCUCGUUCAAACAGGAUUAUUUAUUUCAAUGCAAUCGAUCAACAUAGCAUCAAUCAUAUUAUCAUCUCAAACGAUGGACUCUUUGGUGAUUUCAAUAAUUGGAAGAACUUGUGGCGUUGGAAUUCAUCCCGAUACCGGAUUCUUUUGCGUAAAUGAACAUAAGGCGGAAGGAAGUCCAUUUGAAGAACGCUACAUGUUCAUCACCGCCGGUUAUCUGAUUGCUCUUUGUAUAACAGUUCCUUUGGGGAUUAUGGAUCUCGUGGAAAACAUCAAAGUGCAAAUCAUAUCGUUGAUGACGUUAAUCACCAUCAUUGUCACGUGGUUGGUGACGUUCAGUAUUCAUGGGCUCAACACGGAGCUCGUUCCCAUGGUUGGAUACGACAAAUCUCAAGUAAUCGGAACGGUUUUGUUUAAUUACGCGUUCAUCAUUACGGUUCCAAGUUGGGUUAACGAUGUAAACCCAUCAGUUCCCAUUCGAAAAGCCGUUUGGUAUUCCCUAAUUAUAUCGACGGUGAUCUACCUCUUGUUAGGAAUCAUGGGAGGAAUGGCCUAUAAGAUGGAAUCAACUUCAAACAUCAUUUCCACCAUCAAUGAAUCAAGCGAGAAAUCCAUUAUCAGUGUCAUUACAACCUAUCUAUUUCCGCUGGCUGUAUUGAUUACGAGCAUCCCAGUUUACACCAUCAUUAUUCGAUACAAUCUAAUAAGAACUGGUUACUGCGGAAAAGUUAUGGCGAAUCUGCUAUCUUGCGCGUUACCUUGGGUGAUCAUCAUCCCCUUCCAAACAGGAUUUUGGUUGAAUGCGUUCAUGAAUUGGACCAGUUUGAUAUUCAAUAGUUCAUGUAAUUUCAUCCUCCCGUUCUACUUGUAUUACGUAACCAUAAAAGGAACUCAUUUGAGAAAUGAUCCGGAAAUCAUUAAAAUUGAAAUGGGUGACGAAAAGCACGUCAUGGAAACGGAGAGGAAGAAAUCAUACAUGCCCCCUUCCCCAAAUCAAAAUCAUCUUUUACCUCCUCCCCAAUUACUUGAAAAUAAUCCCAUACGAAAGGAAUCUCAUGAAUCCUUUCGUUCUACGAGAUCAUCAUUAUCCAUACGAACUUAUCAUUCAAGUCCCAAAGUCAGUCCAAGAAUCAGUCCCAAGGUUAGCCCAAGAAUCAUGCCAGAAAAUCACCCAGAAAGAAAUUAUUUCGAUAUGGUGGUGAUGAACGUCAUACCAACCACGACUUCAGCGCAACAUGAACUCGAAACACGACAAUAUAAUAAUAAUAUUCCUUCACCAAAUCAUCUUGAUAUUCCAACACCGCAAUUGGUCUUAAAUGGAAAUCGUGGUGCUCCUUGUUCAACUCCUGGUGGAAUUCGUUCGCACACCACCAUGACCGCCGGCUCAACGAUGAUAUAUCAUCAAACCAUUGAUAAACAUCAUUUAUCGGCUCCACCAUCUUUAAUUUCGCGUAAUAGUUUGAAACGGGGAAGAUCUCCGCAAAGGCAUGUUGUCACCCCGAUAAUCACCCUGAAUCAUAAUGGUCAAUUGGAUUCGAAUGUAGAUCCAUUGGAUUUUUAUUUUCGCCAGAAGUUUCGUCACCAUCAUCAACCCUCGCUUGUAUCUAGUGACAAUAAUUUAAAUAAUCAGAAGGAUAAAGUUGAAUUGUUUAAAGCGUUUCCUUGGAUCUCGAACAUUAACGGGAUGAAGAUUGCGAUCGGACUUGGAACUCUCUCCAUCAUGUUAAUAGGUGGCGUGAUAGCUUAUGAUUUUAUUUUAUUGGCAACCGGAACAAAUGUGUUCGGUAUAUACCGUAAUACGUCAUGA